AUGGCUUCAACCCUUACUAUAGCCGAGCUUAAGGCGAGCGCUGUCGAAUUUGUGAAUCGACUCGGGAACGAGCAUGACACAACGUCAGCGACUAUCAUCGGGCUCCUCGACGAAGAAUUCGCGGUGCAGCAUGGCGAGCUGUCGCCCUCGACUGGAGGCCGCGAUGCUUUCCUAACCGGAUUAGGAGAAAGAUUGAAGCUUUCACAGAGGAAGGUUAGUGUCGAGGUCAAGCACGUGAUUGCUGAGCUAUACGAUGAUGGCGCAAAAGAUAUUGAACAUAAGACAGGACGGGCACUGGGACUGAUACAUACUGCGCAGCUUGAUAUGAUCACCUUCAACUCGGAAGGCAAAAUAGUAUUUUGUCAAGACUUACACAGCCCUAAGGAGUAG